AUGCUCAGUCUGAGGCUGGUUCAGCUCACCACACUGGCACUUGUGCUGCUCAGCGGUGCUCAGCAGGCCUCGGCUCGGCCGCCAAAGCUUCGACCUGUUGAUUCGAAACGCCUUCGAAACGACAUCAAGCGUAAAGAUCUCCUUGAUGGUGCGCGCAAGCUCCAAUCGCUCGCAUACGCUACGCAAGAACGCAACCGAGUGUUCGCCUCUCCCGGCCACAAGGCCACCGUUUCCUACAUCCAGGACGAGCUCCGCAAAGCCGGACGCGGCGAUUACUUUGACGUCUACCUGCAGCCGUUCACGGCUACCUACGCUCAACACUCUUCCGAGCUCGAAAUCGACAACCAAGCUACUGAAUCCGCCACUUUCACCUACUCUCCCAACGGCGAGUUCAACAACGUCCAAGUGGUCAAUGUCGCCAAUCUGGGCUGUGAGCAGACCGACUUUGGUGCUGAUGUACAAGGCAAAAUCGCGCUCAUCAAGCGCGGUACCUGUCCCUUUUCCACAAAGGUGGCUCGAGCCGGUACGGCCAAAGCGGCAGCGGUGCUGAUCUACAACAAUGCGCCCGGUGAUGUGGCUGGUACGUUGGGCAGCAAGGGUCCCGUAGCCGAGGGCUCAUUUGUUCCUGUGGCUGGUGUAACGCAACAAGUGGGAGACGCCCUGGUAGCGCGUUUGGCGGCAGAUGACAAGGUGUUUGCCAAGCUGAAAUUGGACGGAGUCGUUCAGGACCGCACGACGCACAAUGUGAUCGCCGAGACCAAAGGUGGUAGUAAAGAGCAAGUCAUCAUGGUGGGCGCACACUCGGACAGUGUUAUCGCAGGCCCCGGUAUCAACGAUAACGGUUCCGGCUCGAUCGCUCUGCUCACCAUUGCCAAGCAACUCUCGAAAUACAGCGUAAACAAUGCUGUUCGAUUCGCGUGGUGGUCUGCUGAAGAGUUCGGACUGCUGGGCGCCAAACACUACGUCUCGCAACUCAACCCGCACGAAAAGGAUCAGAUUCGACUCUAUCUCAACUUUGACAUGAUCGCUUCGCCCAACUACGUACUUAGCGUCCACGACGGCGAUGGAAGCACGUUCAACCAGCCUGGACCCGCCGGCUCUGCUCAGGCCGAGGCAAUGUUCUUUGACUACUUCAACAAUGUAGCCAAGAAACCAUUGAUCGAGGGUCCGUUUGAUGGACGCAGCGAUUACGGUCCGUUCUUGGAUGCCGGCAUUGCGGCUGGUGGUCUCGACACUGGUGCCGAAGGAAUCAAGACCGAACAAGAGGCCAACGUGUUUGGUGGAACUGCCGGUAUUGCAUAUGAUGCCAACUACCACCAAGCCGGCGACACGGUUGACAACUUGGCCAUGGACGCAUUCGAGAUCAACGCAAAGGCCAUCGCUCACGCCGUAGCCACCUACUCGACCAGCCUUGAAAGUCUCGGACCCAAGUCAACCAACACCAAGCGAAACCUAGCCGCGCCCAACCAAUUCGGUCAAAACACGCAUCGCUGCGGUGGCGACCUGGCGCUCAUCUAA